AUGCCUGCGCGCAGGAAGACGGGGUCCGCCCACAGCCCCCCGUGCAGGCCCAGCCACCAGGGCAAAGGCCGCAAGAUCACGCCCAACGGAUGCCGAGGGAGCUCCGGCCGGGGCCCCUCGGCGAGGAACAAAGUCGGGCCAGCCGAGGGCGCCGACGGUCACCCCAGAUCCGCGAGCGCGCUCAUGGCAGAGGCCAAGCGCGAGCCGAGGGCGGACCGCCGCGACGACCUCGAGGCCAAGGCGAAGAGGGCGUCGGGGAACUCCGUCAAGAACGGCCGCGUCGUCGGCGAGAGAGCCAAGAAGAUGUCGUCGUCGUCGUCGUCCUCGUCGACGUCGUCCUCCUCCGCGGCGCGCGACGCCGAGAACAACAAGGCGUCCAGCGCGCGGCCCUUCCGGGGGCCCAAGGCAGGCAGGGCGUCGGCGGGCGAGAAGACGGCGGCCAAGACCGGCAAAGGAGGCGAGGCGGCGUCGAAGGGCGGCAAGGCGCACGCCGCCAGGGCCUCGAGGCACGGCGGGCGAGGCACCAAGGGGCGCCAGACCGACUCCCGCGGGCGGAGCAAAGGGCAGGACCUCGGCUUGGCUGCCGAACACCAAAGCGCCGACUCAGCCAUCCAGCUGUCCGCCCUCGACGCCUCCGACAGGAGCAAUGGGUCGGACGGAGCGGGGCAGCAGAAGCGGACGAGUCUCCUCUGCGGCCACAGUCAGAGCAACGGCGUGCAUCAGCGGGAAAUGGCAGCAGGAAGCAGCAGCAGCAGCCUCCAGACCACGCUGGCAGAGGACGCCCGAAGGCCUGUCGUUGACACCGAGAGCCUGCAGGCCGGGAACAGCCUCGGCGACGCCCGCAGGAGCCAGCAUCGCUUCAAGGUGAGGCGGCCGCCCGGGCCCUGCUCGCGCUCGCGCCUCUUUUGCCUCGGUUAUUAA